AUGACUGAGGAGGCGAUGAAUCUCAGCGCCGGCUUCAACUUCAGCGAGGACUACUUUGGGUCGGGCAACAGUUCGGACUACUCAGCUGAUGGUGACAGCUUCCUGUGCUCCCUGCAGGAGGUCCGGAGCUUCUCCGGGCUCUUCGUGCCCGUGGCCUACUCCCUGAUCUGUGUCUUUGGCCUGCUGGGCAACGUCUUGGUGGUGGUCACCUUUGCUUUUUACAAGAAAGCCAAGUCCAUGACGGACGUGUACCUCUUGAAUAUGGCCAUCGCGGACAUCCUGUUCGUCCUCACCCUGCCGUUCUGGGCCGUGAGCCACGCCACUGGCGAGUGGGUGUUCAGCAAUGCCACGUGCAAGCUGAUGAAGGGCCUCUACGCCGUCAACUUCAACUGCGGGAUGCUGCUCCUGGCCUGCGUCAGCCUGGACCGCUACGUGGCCAUCGUGCAGGCCACCAAGUCCUUCCGGCUGCGGUCCCGCACGCUGGCGCACCGCAGGGCCAUCUGCCUGCUGGUGUGGGCGGCCUCGGGGCUCAUCUCCGUCUGGACCUUCGUGUUCAACCAGAAGUACCAGGUGCAGGACAGCGCCGUGUGCGAGCCCCGCUACCACGAGGGCUCCGACCCCAUCAGGUGGAAGCUGCUCGUGCUGGGGCUGCAGCUCCUCUUUGGCUUCUCCAUCCCGCUGCUCUUCAUGACCUUCUGCUACGCGCUCAUCGUCAGGACCCUGGUGCAGGCCCAGAACUCCAAGCGGCACAAGGCCAUCCGCGUGAUCAUCGCGGUGGUGCUGGUGUUCCUGGCUUGUCAGAUCCCCCACAACAUGGUGCUCCUGGUGACGGCCGCGCAGCUGGGCAGGAUGAACCGCUCCUGCCACGGCCAGAAGCUGCUGGGCUACGCCACCAACGUCACCGAGGUCCUGGCCUUCCUGCACUGCUGCCUCAACCCCGUGCUCUAUGCCUUCAUCGGACAGAAGUUUAGGAGCUACUUUCUGAAGAUCGUGAAGGACCUGUGGUGUGUGCGGCGGCGGCGGAAGUCCCCGGGCUUCUCCUGCUCCAGGCUGCACUCGGAAAGCUUCGUCUCCAGGCAGAACAGCGAGACCGCGGACAACGAGAACGCGUCGUCCUUCACCAUGUGAGCGGCCCGGAGCAGGCCCGAGGUCUGGGGGACUGCGGACAUGGGCUCGGGACCCCGGGGGUCCCCUGUGGUUGGCCUUCCCCAAAACGGACCCAUGGGACUACGAAUCAGACAUUUUCGGGAAUAUUCGUGAAGUAUCUCGUGAGCAUGACCUCUCCUGAUCACAGCAAAACGCACAGGGUUGGGAAACCCAAGAUGGAAAAAAAAUCACGUAAGAGCCCUUGCACCCCUCAUCUUAGGCAGAAGGUGGAACAUUCCACCCGAGCUGGCCAAGUGGUGUGGAGAGAUGGACGGUGGCUGGGUGAGCACCAGUGUCCAUUGUCACCGAGGAUAAGGAAGACGAGGUGGUAACAGGCCAUCGGGAAAGGGCAGGCUUGCUUUAUUUCCCCGGGGAAGUGUUCUCUGCAGUCGCCGAUUCUCUGAAAGUCAGAUAGGCAGAGCUCCAUGAGCCGCAUUCUAACGGCACACACUCAGCACACAGAGGGCUACGUGACUAUUGUCAGACAAAUCACAGUGAAAUUGGGGGUCACAGUGCAGUUUAGAAUGUAAGGUGUUUAAAUUACCUUCUUUUAAAAAGCACAAGGAAGCUUCCCCAAGACGAUACAGAAAGGGCUUUGGUCCCACAUCCACGGAAGCGGAAGCAGCCCCUGAAGCCAAGGGCAUCCUUGGAAGGAUGCCAAGGGCUGGGCUCCUUCCCUCUCUGCUUCUGGCUUUGGUUUUUACCCAAAGUCUGAGGUUGAUCAUGGAAUCCGAUUUUAACAACUGCCUUCAACUUCUAGAAAGUUCCUAGAACUCAAGCUUUGAGAGUGUAAACACAUGAACACAAGUAGAAAAAAAACCCCACCACAUUACAAAAAUGCAGGCGUGCGUUAGAAGGUACUGACGGGAGUUACAAAGAUGCUGACAUGUAUAGCC